AGCCCCUCUCCAGCGCCGCCCCAUUAAACCCCGCCCGUGGGUGGGAAAGGGGGGAAUUGCACGCAGCACCGCUGACCCUUGUCUCAGUGUAAACCCCUCCUCUGCUGUGCACGUAGCUCAGGCUCCUCCACCCCCAGUCUGGAGCUCCCCGGUGUUUUGUGUUUUAAGCUGUAAACUCGGUCAGAGCAAUGGGGAGGGGCUGUAGUACCAUUGCUAACUUCUUGCAGCGUGUCACACAGCUCCACAGCGGAGAGACACACCCAGCCCAGCCUUGUCGAUUAAGAAAGUUGGGAGGAAAGUAGGGAAUGAUCGUGGUGUUCUUUGAUGUGAAGAUUGGAGAGAGAGAGAUUGGCAGAAUUGUAAUUGGCUUGUUUGGAAAAGUUGUCCCAAAGACUGUUGAGAACUUCAUUGCACUGGCAACUGGGGAAAAAGGAUAUGGGUACAAAGGAAGUAAAUUUCAUCGUGUGAUCAAAGAUUUCAUGAUUCAAGGUGGAGACUUCACAGCUGGAGAUGGAACUGGAGGAACAAGUAUCUAUGGAGAGAGGUUUCCAGAUGAGAACUUUAAACUCAAGCACUAUGGAAUUGGAUGGGUCAGCAUGGCUAAUUCUGGUCCAGAUACCAAUGGUUCUCAGUUCUUCAUCACUGUGACAAAACCUUCCUGGUUGGAUGGAAAACAUGUAGUAUUUGGUAAAGUCAUUGAUGGAAUGUCUGUGGUGCACACUGUAGAACUUCAGCAGACGGAUGAACAUGACCGCCCUCUUCAAGACUGUGUGAUUGUGAACAGUGGCAAAAUAGCUGUAAAAGAACCGUUUGUAGUUGAAGUAGAGGAUUGAUGAACUUAACAGCUACCCUGGAAGAGAAAAUAUAAUGCCUUUUUCUUUUGCGGAUAAAAUUUGGGUGCAGAUAUAAAUUAUCCAGUGACUUCUUCCAUAUAAAUGCUCAGUGCUGUCAGCAAACAAUGCGGUAAACUCAGCAGUUGUAAGAAGUGCAAAACCAUCUAUGUAUUUAUGUUGAAACUUCAGGGAACCAGCACUUUUUUAAAUAUAAGGGACAUGUCACUAAAACCAGAGCUGGUCGAAAAUCAUGAAAAAUUGUUUUCAUUUUGCAGUGUUUGAAAAUGGUUUCAUUUUCUGUUUUGUCAUGAAAUUUUCCACAUUUGUUACUAGCAUUUUCAUUGAAAUCCGUAUAUACUGAAAAACAGAUCUUUGAUAAACAAAUUUUCAAAUGAUUUAUGUAAGAAUUUUAGUAAAAUCAUGCAAAAUUUUGUGAAAAGCAGAUUUUGAUUUCAAUGAUACAUUUUUCAAAAAAGUUUUUGGAAAAAGGCCAUUUUUCAUCAAAAUAAUUCUAGGUGAAAAAUCUCAACUAGAUCUACUAAAUACACAUUGGUGCAGCUUUUUCCAUCUCUAGUAUUUGUGACCUUAUCAGUUCAAAUCCAUCUCCUGAAAGUACAGAUCAAGUUUUUCCCUUUUCCAGAUAAAGGCUAUAUUAAAUAAAAGAUUUAGCCAAGACACAGCAAUCACUUUGUAUAAACAAACUAUGGUUAUAGUAACUCAUUU